AUGACUGGAUCAAACAAAUCUGAGAAAUUUGUGCCUGAUGCGGAAGGCCUGCCUGUAAUAAUAAAUGGUAAAGCAUACCCAGACAUUCGUCGCAAUCCAUUAGAUGACAUUGCUGUAACCUCAUUUGCACUGGGAAUCCUUCUCGGUAUAUUCGUUGGUCUCCUUACAUUCACACAGUUCAGAAAUUUCAAUGUUUAUAUCAUUGCCCUGUCAAUAUUCCAUUUCCUUGAGUUUUAUGUAACUGCCAAGGUGAACCCAGGUAAAGUCAACUCAGACUCCUUCCUUUUGAACAAUGGUAUCGGUUAUCUUGGUGCACACAUGUUCGGUGUCCUUGAGUGUCUUGUGGAAAGUAUAUUCUUUCCUAAUAUGAAGAAGAUUAGCAACUCUUGGGUAGCAAUAUUCUUAACAAUCAUCGGGGUAAUAUUGAUACUUUUAGGUCAAGUGUCUAGAUCAAUGGCCAUGUAUCAAGCUGGUAAGUCAUUCUCUCAUAUCUUGAAGACGGAGAAACUCGACGAUCACACAUUAGUGACCACAGGCAUUUAUGGAUAUUUGAGGCAUCCAAGUUAUUUUGGUUUUUUCUGGUGGGCUAUAGGGACUCAAUUGCUACUCUUAAAUCCAAUUGCAUUGAUUGUCUUUGUAGGCGUGCUUUGGAGCUUCUUUAAUAAGCGCAUAUUAAUUGAGGAGAAAUACCUUAUACAGUUCUUUGGUGAGCAGUACAUAAACUACAAAAAAAGGGUCAAGGUAUGGAUACCGUUAAUUGAUUAG